AUGAAACACCUUCUUUCAUCAGUCACUGUGGCACUCGCUUCCGCCACCCUUGCUGCUCCUCAACCCAUCUGCGGUAAUUGGACAGUUGGCCAAGCAGUGAAGACAACGAGCGAUCGUGUCUUUGGUCAUGCUGCUUCCGAUGCCGAUCAAGUCUCGGCGUAUUUGGGUAUUCCAUACGCCGUCCCUCCAGUAGGAGCCUUGCGUUUCCAGCCUCCCAUCGCCUACAACGGGUCGCUGGCCAUCAACGGCUCUGACUUUGGCCCAGCGUGUAUGCAGCCUGCACCCACCGAAUUUCCCCAGAGCGAGGACUGUCUGUCCAUCAAUGUCUGGACCAAGCCCCAGACCGGAGAACGCAAGAAGGCUGUUCUCGUCUGGGUCCAUGGAGGUGCCUAUACUUACGGCGGCGCGCGUCAACCUAUGUACGACGGACAGUUUAUCGCCGACACGUCAGAUGUUGUGUUGAUGUCAAUCAACUACCGUCUCGGCAUCUUUGGUUUCCCCGGUGACCCUUCUUCUGCUUCGAACCUGGGACUUCUGGACAUGAGGGUUGCUAUGGAGUGGGUUCGCGAUAACGCCGAAGCGUUCGGCGGCGACACCAGCCGCAUCACCAUCUUUGGCCAGUCUGCUGGCUCCGGAAUGGCCGACUUCUACUCCUUCGCCUAUGCCUCGGAUCCCAUUGCUAGCGGCUUCAUCUUGCAGAGCGCGACUGUCGUCGGCUUCCCAGCCCUUCUCGCAGACACCCUGUCCCCAAGGUGGUACCGUAUUGCUGAUUCUGUCGGCUGCUCUAGUAGUAACAGUAGCACCGCCGCCGCCGCCGUCACCGACUGCAUGAGGAACCGCACCGCUGCGCAGAUCUUCGCAGGCUUCUCUGCCGCUGAGACUGGCAUUGGAUCGACUCCCGCUUUCGGCCCUGGUGUGGAUAAUGAGCUCGUGUUUGAAGACUACUCCAACCGCAGUUCUGCAGACGCCGCCUACCUAAUUGGCAAUAACGAGAAUGAGGCCGGCGCUUUCAAGAGCCUCCAGCCUAACAGGACCGAGACUUACUGGGCCGAUUUCAACUUCAGAUUCUAUACUUGCGCCGACAACAUCAGGCUUGCCCAGACCGUUUCGGCCGGUCUCCCUUCCUGGAGGUACCGUUACUUUGGUGACUUCCCCAAUCUGGCCCUCUCGAUCAACCCGCCCAGCGGAGCGUAUCAUGGUGCCGAGUUGCAACCUCUCUUCGGAACGCUGCCUCAGGACCCCCCUAGUACAACCGUGGAGUUGGAGACGGCCGAAUUCCUUCGCGGCGCCUGGACUACCUUUGCAAAGAACCCCACCUCUGGCCUGCUCAGCUACUCGGGCGGGUGGCCGUUUUACAACCCCAGCGAGAACACCAUGGCACGCAUUGCAUUCAACGACCAGACUGGCACCAACCUGGGCCAGGGUGACGCUUACAACGAACGUUGCGCGUCUCUGCCCGCCACUGCUCCGUCUUAG